AUGCAUUGGCAACCAGGGACGACAAGCGAAGAUGCCAUUCGCUGGCCGUCGCCGGAGAGACGCAGCAGCGACUCGUACCCGCCCGAGGAUCUGAGGACGCGGUAUAGAGAUGCCAACCCUGAGCGCGUCCCGGAGGCUCAACAUGGCGACCGCGGAGAUCUCGAGCGAGGCAGCGUGCCUCUCCUCCCCGGGCACCCCGACGAAUUUGAAUUCGACGAUGAGGACUAUGACGAUUUCAGUGUCGACCGGGAUACUGGCUAUGACCCGCCGUUUUCCUGCACGUUCGCGGGAUUUGUCGCAUGGCUCCGCGGCCCCGUCCCGCCGCAUGUCUAUCGCAUCAAACCUUGGUUUCCUAAGUGGCAAGCUGCGCCGGCACGCCUGGUUGAUCGGUGGGCUCCUAAACGGUACAUGAAAAUAGCUGCUCUGUUGCUGGGAGUGGUAUUUUGGAUUGCCGUGUUCUUUUCAUCCCUUAAAGCGUCUGUGGCGGGGCAGGAGGUUUUGGGCUACGGCAAGCCCGCCAAACUGUCGUGUCACCAUCGCUUGUGGAGUAAUGCUACGGACUGCGGUAUGAACGGGGAGCUCUGUCUGCCUUUCGACGAACAAUCGUUCGCCUUUCGUUGUCCGUCAGGCUGUGCUGCCGCCAUACUUCUGGAGCCGUACAACGUCGGUGCUUAUGAGUAUAAUUACCAACCACUCGUCAUCGGUGGCAAGCCAUCGGGAUUCCGUCAGGACGGUCGCAGCAGUGGCCACUACCGCGGCGACUCAUCCAUCUGCGCAUCAGCACUUCAUGCAGGGAUAAUCAACGACGCAAAGGGCGGCUGCGGUAUUCUACACCGUAGAGGUGAGCAGGACAAGUUUGAGUCGUUCGAACAGAAUGGCAUCGAAAGCAUCGAGUUCUUGUCUCAUUUCCCCAUGUCUUUCAUGUUGACUCGCCAGGCCUCGUCGUCCGGGUCUCACGACGCGAAGCUGAUUGAAUGCUCCGACAUCCGGUGGACGUUGUUUGCCUUUACUGUGGUUUACACAAGCUUCUUGUCAAUGUUGGUGACUUCCGCACCAGCCUUCUACAGCGUGAUCUACUUUAUAGUGUGGUUCCAAGUCGCCAUGGCGUCUGACCCACCCACCUCGGGCUACUACGACCUGGUCUCGAUCGGUCUUGGGCGAUUCUUCCCAGGUGCAUUCGUCGGCUUCGCCAUUUACUAUUCCUGCGUGAAGCAUACACUCCGUGAUCUGAGUGCACACCUCGAAAAGACCAUUCUGUGGCUCGGUGGCUGCUGGGUCGGUGCCUUGAACACGGACACUUUCGAUCGCAUCCCCAUUUCGCGCCUCACCCCCCACGAUAUCCAACAGCAACCAGGUGGCUUCACGGCUCUGCUCAUUAUUGUGGGCUCCCUCAUCGUGAUCACCUUCCUCCAGGCACACUGUUUCCGUCGCGAAGGCCGCUUCUUCCCAAUGCUGGGAUUAUAUGGCCUCAUGAUCCUCAUCAUUCUCAUCCUCGUCUCCGUGCCGCACAUGAGCCUCCGCAUCCAUCACUACAUCCUCGCCCUCCUCCUCCUACCCGGCACAACGCUCCAAACCAGACCCAGCCUUUUAUUCCAGGGUAUCCUCGUCGGCUUAUUCAUCAACGGCAUUGCGCGAUGGGGCUUCGACUCCAUCCUCCAAACACCAGCAUCCCUUCUCGACGGCGGCAAGCUAAACACCGUACCCCCACCAAUCAAUCCACCCCGCAUCGAGGACCAAAAUCACCUCAUAUUCUCAUUCGAAGACCUUCCGUCGCACGUCGAUGGUAUCAGCGUGCUGGUAAACGACGUUCAGCGCUUCCAGAGCCUCAAGCCGAAAGGCAGCAGUCAUAUCAAUGACUUUGCCUGGGGCCGUCGGUUCAGGAAUGAGAUCGAGUAUUUCCGCUUCGGAUAUGUGCACGUCAAUACGUUGGGCGGUGUUUGGUAUGAGGAUUUCUCGGAAUCGGCUACUUGGGCGACUGAUGGGAACUUUUUCUAUCCGGUCUAG